CACACACACACACACACACACACACUCUCUCCUGCUCUCCGAGGGAAGGAGCCGUUUCCAGCAGGGAUUGCAGCUGAGACGUGUGUUUACCGGAAUGAUGCCGUUGUCGCUUGAGUUGCCGCCAUCGCUGUCGCCAUGACGAUGCCGUUCAGCCCCCUCUCCAGCGACGAGGAGCAGCAAAGGAUGCUGGGAAACAGCCGACAUCUCUAUCCAGGGGCGGAAGACGAGGAGGAGGAGGAGGAGGAGGAGGUGGACGAGGACGAGCGCGACGAGGAGGGCGAGGAUGAGGAGAACGGGGAGCUGGGGUUGGAGCAGGAGGACGAGGAGGAGCUGGAGGAGCGGGGGGGGGGCCUGUCGCGGGGGGGCCGCGACCAGGUGCUCCGACAGUCCGGGAAGAUGGCCGCCCGGUCCGCCGGCGGCGACAGGCAGGUCCGCGCCCGGAACCCCGGCCACGCCCCCAACCCCUAUUCGUCUAACCCCGCUCCCGCGCACCAGGCGGCGGCGGCGGCCAAUCAGCAGCAGCCUCAGCAGCAGCAGCGGCGGCUGAAGGAGCGAGGCCCCGCCUCCGCCCCGUCUGAGGACGCCCACAUCGCCAUGAUGGUGUUCCGCAUCGGCAUCCCCGACAUCAAGCAGACGGUCAGUACGCCUCCAACCGAUGUUACUCCACUUUAACCCCCACCCCUCCUCCUCCCACCUCCACCUCCUCCUCCUUAUCUUACCCAUACAUACACACACAGACCCAUACACACACAAAGACACACGUACCAACACAGAGACACACACGUACAUACACAGACACACACACACACACACGUACACACACAGAGACACACGGACACACACACACACAGAGACACACACACACACACACAGACACACACGUACACACACAGAGACACACGUACACACACACACAGAGACACACGUUCACACACAGAGAAACACGCACACAGAGACACAUGUACACACAGAGACACGCACACACACUUUGCACUCACAGCAGAAAUGUAAAUCUCAAAUACUUGGCAGCGUAGCAGUGUAGAGUGAAAGAUCUAAGGGGGGGAGACGAAGUCUCUCAAGGUGACCUCAACACACACACACACACACACACACACACACACACACACACACACACACACACACACACACUCCCGAAACCUCUUAAUUCCCAGCUUUCUCAGAACAAGAGGCUCUUCUCUGGAAGUGUCAGUGCCCAUUUGAGAGGCUCCCGUCUUCCCUCACCAGUCCUUCCCCACGGCAGUGUCAACACCGUCCAGAGGUGGACGGGUUAAUGCUCAGGAAAAUAAGAGGAGAGUUUGGGAAGAGCACACACUAGCGCUUGGCAUUGUCACAAAGUAAUUCUCCCUGAUCAAGCGGGGUAUUAAUAACUCGUCAUCCACCUGUCUCUGCU